CAACCACUAACUUUUUUUUAAAGGUUACAAGGUGCCACUCUUUCGUGUUUCAUGAUGAAUAGGAAUUUAGUACGUAUGAAAUAUGAAGACGUACUUUGAAAUUUCUCUAUUACGUAGUCCAUGAUAUUUACUCUUGCAUGGUUAAUAUAAAUUAAAGUACUUCAGCAUAUAUGUAGAAAGAAGAGGAAUUGGAAAGUUUGAACUAGUGUUGUUCUUUAAUUUGUUGUUGGAGUUAAGUCAGAGAGAUGACACCUGGGGUAAAAGCUGAUGAAUUGGUGGCACAUCCAGUGAAGGACCAAUUACCAGGAGUCGAUUACUGUGUCAACAGCAACCCUUCUUGGCCCGAGGCCAUUAUUCUGGGUUUUCAGCACUACUUAGUUAUGCUGGGAACUACUGUCAUUAUCCCUACCGUCAUUGUACCUCAAAUGGGUGGUGGAAAUGAGGAGAAAGCUCAAGUAAUUCAAACUUUGCUCUUUGUUGCUGGGCUGAACACUCUUUUGCAGUCUUGGUUUGGAACCCGUCUUCCUGUGGUGAUAGGUGGAUCAUUCACAUUCAUAAUUCCAGCUGUUUUUGUUGCAUUAUCAAGUAGAUACAAUACAUAUCUUGAUCCUCGUGAGAGGUUUAAACAGUCGAUGAGAGGAAUGCAGGGAGCUCUGAUGAUCGCAUCCAUACUUCCCAUACUAAUCGGCUUUCUGGGACUCUGGAGAAUUGUUGUAAGGGUCCUUUCCCCUCUCUCUGCAGCUCCACUAGUGUUGCUUGUUGGCCUUGGCCUAUAUGUGCAAGGUUUUCCGCUUCAGCUUGCAGAAUGUGUUGAAAUUGGUCUUCCAGGAUUAAUCAUACUAAUAUUGUUGUCACAAUACAUCCCUCACAUGUGGAAAUUAAAGCGUCCCAUAUUUGAGCGAUUUGCUGUCCUAUUGUCAAUUGCUAUAGUGUGGGCAUAUGCAGCUCUUCUCACUGUGACAGGUGCAUACAACAAUAGAUCUCCACAGACUCAGUUCAGUUGUCGUGUUGAUCGCUCUGGGAUCAUUAGUGGAGCUUCAUGGAUAAAAUUUCCUUAUCCGUGGCAAUGGGGUGCUCCCAAAGUUGAUGCUGGGGAUGCAUUUGUUAUGAUGGCUGCAGCUUUGGUUUCUCUUGUCGAGUCUACAGGAGCAUUUAUAGCAGCUGCGAGAUUUGGCAGUGUAACACAUACACCGGGUUCAGUAAUUAGCCGUGGUGCUGGUUGGCUGGGAUUAGGCAUUUUGCUGAAUGGUCUAUUUGGAACUGCAAGUGGAUCUACUGUAUCAGUUGAAAAUGUAGGUCUUUUGGCGUUGACACGAGUUGGAAGCAGAAGAGUGAUUCAAAUAUCUGCAUUAUUCAUGUUUUUCUUUUCCGUGUUAGGAAAAUUUGGAGCUGUUCUUGCUUCCAUACCUCUGCCAAUUAUUGGAGCUUUGUACUGUGUCUUCUUUGCCCUCAUGUCUUCUGCUGGUCUUGGAUUACUUCAGUUCUGCAAUCUCAACAGCUUCAGAACUAAAUUUAUAUUAGGUUUGUCUAUCUAUUUGGGUCUUUCUGUGCCACAAUACUUCAAUGGUUAUGUGAUAACCACUGGUGAUGGUCCAGUUCACUCUGGCUCGGCCUGGUUUAACAAAAUAAUGCAAGUAAUCUUCACGUCCCCGCCCACAGUGGCAGGAAUUGUGGCAUUGUUCUUGGACUUAACUCUUGCUCGCAAACAUGCGACAACAAAGAAAGACAGUGGCAGGCACUGGUGGGCAAAGUUCAAGUAUUUUGACAAAGAUCCUAGGAGCGAAGAGUUCUAUUCUCUCCCUUAUGGCCUUUCCAAGUACUUCCCCUCAGUAUAAUACAAUACAACAUAACCCCAAGUGGAGGGAAAAGACUAGCAUUUUGUACAGACAGAUGGGGAAAAGGAAAUAAGAAAGAAAUAAUACAUGUAAGUUGGUUAGGAUCAACUUGGUGGUCAAGUACAGGACAUGAAGUUAUAUUAUUUUACAUUGAUCUCAAGUAUGUCCUGCUGUUAUUAGAUAGCCCUUAAUUGCUUAAAACAAAGGCCGUUAUAGUCAUAUUUAUGUAUAAUAAUACAGAUUCGCACGUCCACCGACCGAGUGUCAAUUUCGUGCCUUCAAUUAGUUUUAACCACACCAUGAUCUCAACACCGGACAUGGUUCAUUUUCUUA